AUGGUAUCUUUCACUUCCAUAUUUACGACUUUCCUCGCUGUUGCGAGUAUCACUAUCGCCAAACCCACGCCCAAGUCCGCCCCACAGCCAGUAGUCACAUACCUCGGCACACAAGGACCUAUCCUGUUGUACACCUCCGGCACCGUGCCAACCUUCAACGGCUCAAUCGUCGCUGGUGGCAUUGAAGCACAGACCGCACAAGUCAUCAAGAACAUUGGUGUUAUUCUGGAGGAAGCCGGUACAUCUUGGGACUAUGUCAUGAAGACGACUGUCUUCUUGGCAAACAUGAGUGAUUACACUGCGAUGAACUCGGUUUACAGCGCUAUGCUUCCGUCGCCCAAGCCCGCGCGCACUGCUGUCGAGGUUGGCAAGCUUCCUGGCGCGUUUUUGAUCGAGAUAGAGGCUAUUGCCGCUAUUCCGGACGCUUGA